AUGUCGAAAAGAAAUGCUGUUGGAAUCGAUUUGGGAUCGACAUAUUCCUGCGUAGGAAUUUGGAAAAACGAUCGAGUUGAAAUUAUUGCCAAUGAUCAGGGUCAUCGUACGACGCCUUCGUAUGUCACUUUCACCGAAGCAGAACGUCUUAUCGGUGAUGCUGCCAAAAAUCAAGUUAAUACGAACCCUUAUAAUACU